CGCAUGCCACAGCGCUUGCCCACCGGACGCGCGCGCACGGAAGCGUGGGGCAGCCUUUACACCACUAUCCGUCUGUUUCAAGGCCUCACCCAUUGAGGGCAUCCGUCGCACAGCGCGCACGCGGCGGGGAGAGCCACACCAAUACCAGCCAGGCCUACUGCCCAGGUAGAGCCGCGGGACAAACAUGGGCGAGGAGUGGCAGAACUCCGAGGACACGGCCUUCCAGCCCGAAGAGGUCGAACCUCUCCUGAAUGAUGUGGUCGCAAAAGUACUGGCGAACGAGGUCUACGACGAAAGUAAGGUCGCCACCUGGGUUGAUAGAAUAUGCGACCAAAGCAUGCAGAAGCUCACGCAGAUGAACAAGCCCUUCAAAUACGUCGUGACCUGCAUCCUCAUGCAGAAGAACGGCGCGGGCGUGCACACCGGGCAGAGUUGCUUCUGGGACGUCGCGAACGACAACUGCGCGCGCAUCGCGUAUCCGUUGGCUUCGAAGAAGCAGGCCUACGACCCGCGGAUGUACUGCGUCGUGACCUGCUUCGGGGUGUCCAUGUAGUAAAAACAGUUAUCACAUUUCGCGUCGAUGGCGUGGAGGCGUAGAG